UUCAACAACUCAAUAUUCGUCAGCCUUGUGAUCAAGCUGAAUCAAAUCAACGAGGUUGGCAUGUAAGCUGUUGGGACAAAUCAAGUUUAAACCUAUGACAAAUUCAUAUCAAUCAUCUAAUAAUAGAUGGUGUAACCUCUAAAAUGGAGCCCAUAUUUUGAGGUAAAAACUACAAAAAGCUAACUAAAACCGUUCACCAUGUUAUAAAAGCUUGCAUAAUUGCAUUGGUAGAGUUACCAAAUCAAACAACAUCAUCUCUCACAUUUCUCCAAGGAAAAGAAAAAGUAUGGAUUUGGGGAAGUUUUUCCUGAUUGCUCUUUCGCUUGCUGUGCUUUUCGAGCUAGCUCAAAGCUUUGAAUUCCAUGAAAAAGACUUGGCUUCUGAAGAGAGUCUAUGGGAUUUAUACGAGAGGUGGAGAAGCCAGCACACAGUUUCGAGGGACCUUAAAGAAAAGCAUCAACGUUUCAAUGUGUUCAAGGCGAAUGUAAAGCAUGUCCACAAGGUGAACCAGAUGAACAAGCCUUACAAGUUGAAACUGAACAUGUUUGCAGACAUGACCAACCAUGAGUUUGUAAGAUCCUAUGCUGGAUCAAAGGUUAACCACUAUAGGAUGUUACACGGUGAACGACCAACUACUACCUUCAAGCAUGAAAACACUAGUGAUCUUCCAACAUCUGUUGAUUGGAGGAAGAAAGGAGCAGUCACUGGAGUUAAAAACCAAGGCAACUGUGGUAGCUGUUGGGCAUUCUCAGCUGUAGCUGCAGUUGAAGGUGUCAACCAAAUCGAAACAAAGGAGCUGGUAUCUUUGUCGGAACAAGAAUUGGUUGAUUGCAGCUCGAAAAACCAUGGUUGUGAAGGGGGGUUGAUGGAACCUGCUUUUGCGUUCAUAAAGAAGCAAGGAGGUAUAACUACUGAAAAGAGCUAUCCCUACACAGCCAGUGAUGGUUCUUGUGAAUCAUCUAAGUUCAAAAACUCUCCUUUGGUGACCAUUGAUGGAUACGAAAGGGUACCCGAAAACGAUGAGAAUGCUCUAAUGAAAGCCGCAGCAAACCAACCUGUAUCUGUUUCCAUAGAUGCUGGUGAUAGGGAUUUUCAGUUUUACUCAGAGGGAGUCUAUUCAGGAGAAUGUAGUAUACAGCUAAAUCAUGGAGUUGCAGUAGUGGGGUAUGGAGCAACUCUUGAUGGGACAAAAUAUUGGAUAGUGAAGAACUCUUGGGGAGCCGAAUGGGGAGAGAAAGGCUAUAUUAGGAUGGAACGCGGAAUUGAUGCAGAAGAAGGGCUGUGUGGUAUAGCAAUGGAUGCUUCUUACCCGGUUAAAUCCUCAGCAAACCCCAAAACUGGUUCUUCUAAAGAUGAACUGUAGUGCUAAUCUAAUGCACACAAAUCACAUAUAUUAAGUUUUAUUAAAUUUCACUGUUAGUCUUUGUUUAGGCAAGGUCAAUUUCAAGCCUUUACUAAUACAUCAAAUAAAAUCUUUCUGGCUUUCACAAGUGAGAUCAUACUAUAGACUGUACUAGUUUUAUGAUUUGUUUUUGAUUGGAAUAAAAGGUUUUUUGUAGCCAUA